GCCUUACCCUCCUUUAACCGACUACAUUUACAAUAAAUACUGCCCUAAACACGUCAUUACAGAUCCUCCCGAUCCAUUAACGGUGGUUUUAGGUACCUCAAGUACUGGUCACAGUCCUCGCCGAACCCAUCGCUUGCGACGAAGGACUCGACGAGUAAAUUAACCCAUACACACUGCCCACUGAGUUUCUCGCCGAGUGGGUCGCGUACCCGAUCCGGUAAUAGAUUCUGCGAAGGACUGCUCUUGCUAGGACCAGUGUUAGCAACACUCCGGUUUGAGUCCCUUGAGCUCACCUACACGGCAAGGAGAAGCUGAAAUCGCCUCUCAAGGCUAUCAGCUAGGUAGGAAAAAAAAUACAGACAAUACACAUAUGUACAGAUUGGCAUUAUAAUGUUUUUUUGUAACCAUAGACCUAGGUUUCAUACUUCAGUGUUUGUAACCUAAAUUUAUCUAUGAUUGUAACGGUAACUAUGGAAACGGUUUGUUAUGACAACUUUUACGAGAAGCCAGUUUUAAGCUAUGCCACUAUUUAGCAGUAAAUUCAAUCCGAAAACAAUUCCGGUCAGAAGACAAGAUACAUCGGUCUUGAAAAACGAACUCGGCAGUGAUUAUGCCUCAAAGGAACUGUCACUAGAUAUUGGUCCGUUAAAGAUAAAAUUGGGAGAUUUUGAAGUAUCUUUUGAAGAAGGGCAGUGGAUUCCUGCUUCAGGAAGAGCGGGUGCAGCUCAUAAGGAGAAUUUGCGAUUGAAAAACGAACUAGACAGGCUCGAAGAAGAAAACAACAUGCUAAGAUUGAAAUUCGAAAUACUGUUGGACAUGAUGACUGACAAAACAGUUGAAGCGGAACAAGCUGAACUUCAGCGUUCUCAAAGUUUGUCAAGUUUAAAACAGAAGAGUAAAAAGUCGAAAUGGUGAAAACGUUUUCUGUAAAAUAUCGAAAUAAAUAUAAAAGAAGCCAUGCUAAA